AUGGCGGAGAAACAUCCAGCUUCCCCUGCAGAAACAACAUGGAAGGACCGAGCCGAAACGGUGAUCAUUGGAGGGGGCUGCGUGGGGGUGAGCCUGGCCUACCACCUGGCCAAGGCAGGCAUGAGGGACGUGGUCCUGCUGGAGAAGUCGGAGCUCACGGCCGGCUCCACCUGGCACGCAGCAGGUUUAACCACUUACUUUCAUCCUGGAAUAAAUUUGAAGAAAAUACAUUAUGACAGCAUCAAGCUUUAUGAGACACUUGAAGAAGAGACUGGGCAGGCCGUAGGAUUCCACCAGCCCGGCAGCGUCCGCAUCGCCACAACGCCUGUGAGGGUGGAUGAGUUUAAGUAUCAGAUGACACGCAACGGCUGGCAUGCGACAGAGCAGUACAUCAUUGGGCCCGAGAAGGUCCAGGAGAUGUUCCCUUUACUCAACAUGGACAAGGUGUUGGCUGGCCUCUAUAACCCCGGAGAUGGUCACAUCGACCCAUACUCGCUGACCAUGGCCCUGGCCGCUGGGGCCAGGAAGUACGGGGCCCUUUUGAAGUACCCUGCCCCGGUAACUUCGCUGACACUGAGAUCUGAUGGUUUGUGGGACGUGGAAACUCCUCAGGGCUCGGUGAAGGCCAAGCGCGUCGUCAAUGCCGCAGGGUUCUGGGCACGCGAAGUGGGCAAGAUGAUCGGCCUGCAGCACCCUCUCAUCCCUGUCCAGCAUCAGUACCUCGUCACGGCCACCAUCCCUGAGGUGAAGGCUCUGAAACGAGAGCUCGCCGUGCUCCGGGACCUGGAAGGGUCUUACUACGUCCGGCAGGAACGGGACGGCCUCCUGCUGGGCCCGUACGAAAGCCAGGAGAAAAUGAAACUUCAGGACACCUGGGUCACCAGCGGAGUCCCUCCAGGUUUCGGGAAGGAGCUCUUUGAGGCUGACCUGGACCGGCUGGCAAAGCACCUGGAAAUGGCCAUGGAGAUGAUCCCGGCCCUGAAGCAGGCCGACAUCGUCAAUGUGGUCAACGGCCCCAUCACCUAUACGCCUGACAUCCUGCCCAUGGUGGGGCCCCACCAAGGGGUCCGCAACUAUUGGGUGGCCGUGGGCUUUGGCUAUGGCAUCAUCCAUGCUGGCGGCGUCGGGAAGUUCCUCAGCGAGUGGAUCCUGCACGGGGAGCCUCCUUUCGAUCUGAUAGAAUUGGACCCCAAUCGCUACGGCAGCUGGACCACCCCUCAGUACACCGAGGCCAAAGCCAGGGAGUCCUAUGGCUUCAACAACGUGGUCGGCUAUCCUAAAGAGGAGCGCUUUGCUGGGCGGCCGACGCAGCGCGUCAGCGGCCUGUACGACAUCCUGCGGUCCAAGUGCUCCAUGGGCUUCCACGCAGGCUGGGAGCAGCCACAUUGGUUCUACAGAGCUGGCCAGGACACCCAGUACAGGCCGAGUUUCAGGCGCACCAAUUGGUUUGAGUCUGUAGGCUGUGAGUACAAACAGGUUAUGCAAAGAGUAGGGGUGAUCGACCUGUCGCCCUUCGGCAAGUUCAGCGUCAAAGGCCCGGACUCCGUCACACUGCUGGACCACCUGUUUGCUAACAUCAUCCCCAAGGUGGGUUUCACCAACAUAAGUCACAUGCUGACACCAAGAGGCCGGGUGUAUGCCGAACUGACAGUCUCCCACCAGGCCCCUGGGGAGUUUCUGCUGGUGACUGGUUCCGGGUCAGAGCUUCACGACCUCAGAUGGAUGGAAGAAGCGGUGGUCAGAGGUGGCUAUGAUGUGCAAAUCCACAACCUCACCGAGGAGCUGGGGGUCCUGGGCGUGGCCGGGCCUCUGGCCAGGCAGGUCCUGCAGAAACUGACGGUGGAGGAUCUCAGCGAGGACGCCUUCAAGUUCCUCCAGAGCAGGCAGCUCCAGGUCGCUGGCAUUCCUGUGACGGCCAUUAGGAUCUCUUACACUGGUGAGCUGGGCUGGGAGCUGUUCCACCGGCGGGAGGAGUCCUCAGCCCUCUAUCACGCCAUCAUGGAUGCCGGCCAGGAGGAGGCCAUUGACAACUUCGGGACAUUCGCCCUGAAUGCCCUGCGGCUGGAGAAGGCUUUCCGCGCCUGGGGCUCAGAGAUGAACUGUGAUACAAAUCCUUUGGAAGCUGGGCUGGAGUAUUUCAUCAAGCUGGACAAGCCUGCAGACUUCACAGGAAAGCACGCCCUGAAACAGAUUAAAGCCACGGGGCUGAAACGGAGACUGGUCUGCCUCACCUUGGCCACGGACGACGUUGAUCCAGAGGGAAAUGAGAGCAUCUGGUACAAGGGCAAGGUGGUCGGCAACACGACAUCCGGGGGCUACAGCUAUGGCAUCGGCAAGAGCCUGGCCUUCGCCUACGUCCCUGUGGCGCUGGCCUCGGUGGGCCAGCAGGUGGAGGUGGAGCUGCUGGGCCAGAACUACCCCGCGAUUGUCACACAGGAGCCGCUGGUGCUGCCGGAGCCCGUCAGGAGCCGGCGGCAGAAGCAGGGCGGGAAGAGCAUGGGCUGA